AUGGAUCGGUUCGUGCUAAUGCCACCGCCUCCUCCACCAUCUCCUCCCCAAAACUCUGAGUACCAGCAUCAAAAACGUCAGCAACAGACACCUGCGAGACCAGCUAAAAGACGUGGACGAAAGCCUGGCCUUCACAGCAGUGCAAUCCAACGCAACGCUGCCAAUGCACGCGAGCGAUCUCGCAUGCGAGUGCUCUCGACAGCGUUUAUGGAGUUGAAAAGUGUCCUGCCCUGGGUGCCACGGGAUACGAAGUUAUCAAAGUUGGAUACGCUAAAAUUGGCCUCGGGAUAUAUCACCUAUCUUAAGCGAAUACUUGAUGAUCCAGAGGCUCAAGACUCCUUGUCUACCGUCUCUCCGCCGUUCACCGACAGCGAUCCCCUCUUUGGUACUAUGAUGAAGGGAUCAACUUCUAGAAUGAAGAAUUCACAUGAGGAGCAGCUCUUACUGCAGAAGUUGGAGAGAAAAAAGCCACAAAUCCAAUACACCUGUGUUGAUGCUCAAGUGGUUCAGACAUGUUUCACAUCCUACAAGGACAUUGGCUUUAUCCCAGUGGGAGGAAAUUGCAUAAAAGUAAACAUUCGAAUUCAUCUUUCGUGCCCGAUCACAACAUCAACUCGUACGAUUGGCUCAACUUGCAAAAAGGAUCAUGAUGUUGCUGAUUUCAUAGCCAGACUAGAGUAG